AUGGAUCGUUUAGUCUCUGCAUCGUAUAAGUUAUCUAGAUCUGGCCGAGUGCAAAGAGUGCCAAAUGAAGUGUAUUUGCAGAAAGAGUUCUUAUGUGGAUUUAGUUGUUGUGGGAAGGGUUUAGUAGGUCUUAGAAAGGGUAUAACUUGUGGAAAAGGCGAGUUUUGGGUGCCAAAUGAAAGGUUCUUGUCUGAUUGGGUGCCUUGGUUAGAAGAAGGCGAGUUUAUUCCUUUACUUAUUUCACGGCAAGUACUAGAAAGUCUACAAGUAAAGUAUCCUAGUGUUUAUCGACGGGUUAAUCGUGUAAUUGAUAGGCGUAAUUGGCCGGUAGUAGAGGAUCGUAAUGCACAAGUCGUGCAAGAAUUCAUUCAAAAUCUACCAGAUGAUACUGAGUAUACGGAUGGAUUGAGUCAAUGGUACAGCCAGCACAUUCCGUCAUAUGUCUUUCGGCCUAUUCACACACUAGUUCAAGCCACUUGUGGUAAUAAGGAGUGCAACUUAGUAGUUGAAGCAUGUGAGACCGAGUGCAAAGAUACAAUGGGUGAGGUAGGUGGAGUGAGUGGAGUAGAUGGAGUAAGUGAAGUAGAUGAGUGGUUGGAGACAGGAAUAGUAUCUGUUCAGUAUAAAGAUGGUCCGGGGCGUGUGCAGUGCGGUGUAGAAGGAUUGCAGCGAGAUAUAAACAUUGCUUAUGAACAGAUGGGUCGAGCUUUAGAUGGCGACCAAAUCGUUGUAGGAACAGUAACUCAAGCUAGUGCUAGUGAAGGUCGAGUUGUUAGUAUUGAUAAACGAGCACGUAAAGUUCUAGCUGGAACUGUGCUACAAGUCUUAGAUAAUCACCAUUUACUUAUUCAGCCAUUGAAUGAAGCUAUUCCAGUCUUCCAAGUUUGUUGUCCAAGUACGACUGGUUUAAGUAAACAACUAGUACUAGCCUGGAUUGAAGCUUGGCCAACUACUAGUAAGUAUCCAAUUGGCCGUUUAAUCAAAGCUGUAGGCCCAGAAGGUCUAAUUAAAAGUGAAACUCAAGCUUUACUAGCUGCUAAUUGCAUUCUAGAUCAAGAUUUUGAAGAAGAAGCUCUCCAGGAACUGCCCGCUCAAACUUGGACAGUUUCAGACCAAGAUUUAGUGGGAAGAGAAGAUUUACGCCAUCUUCCUAUUGCUAGUAUUGAUCCACCCGGGUGCACAGAUAUUGAUGAUGCUUUACAUGCCCAAGUACUUCCUAAUGGCCAGAUUGAAAUUGGUGUGCAUAUUGCAGAUGUUGGUCAUUUUGUCCCAGCUAACUCUGCUUUAGAUAGAGAAGGUCGUAUUCGUGGCUGUACAGUUUAUUUACCCAAUCGGCGUAUAGAUAUGUUACCACCCCUGCUAGGCACAGAUUUAUGUUCUCUCCACCAAGAUAAGGACAGACUUACUUUUUCAGUUAUUUGGACAGUUAGUCUUACUAACAACCAAUUACAAAUCUUAGAUACACAGUUCAAAAAAACAGUUAUAAAAUCAAAAGCAUCAUUUACUUACAGUCAAGCCGCCCAAAUUCUCAAAGACGGCACCUGUCCUUCCCAAGCCACUCGGCUUACUCCCGCACUUACUGAGUCACUCCGACUCCUUAAAGAAGUCUCCCACCACCUUCGCACACGUCGUCACCAGAACGGCGCCCUAGUCAUCCACUCCUCCGACUCACGCAUUAGUAUUCCCCGACCAACUGAAGGCCAACCCCAAUCUAUUCUCCAACUAAGCGAUCUAGCCCAGAAUCCCAGCCAGUUCAUUCAAGUAGAAGAGAAGUAUGCACCAGAGUACGAUACUCACUUCUUAGUAGAAGAGUUUAUGUUACUGGCCAACCAAUGUGUUGCCGAGAAGAUUUCCAGUGCUUAUCCCAAAGAGUCUUUAAUCCGGUACCACCCUCUUCCCGCCAAAGAAGCCUUCCAUGAACUAGAAGAAGCUCUGCAACACUUAGUUCCCACCAUUACUCUUGAUCCACAGCACCCCAAGGCCUUAAUGACGGCCUUCGACCAAUUUACUUCUAAUCCCCAACUAGCAGCUAUUAUUGGUGCUUGGGCUGCCCGUUGUAUGACCCAAGCUCUCUAUGCACCCUCUUCAGUCACUAACAAGACCCAUUAUGGACUUGCCAUGGAUAAUUACACCCAUUUUACCUCACCUAUUCGUCGUUAUGCCGAUGUAAUUGUCCAUCGAACCCUUCAUAAUCUCAUGCAAAACCAAGAAGCCCCACUAACUCAACACGUUCUAGAAGAAACAUGUCAAAGCAUCAACCGAUCAUACCGUUGUGCCAAGUAUGCCGCCCGAGAUGCCACAACUCUUUUCUCCCGAGAACUUAUUCCCAGUACACUCCAAACUCUUUUCAUUCUUUCCAUCUCUCCCACUCGAGUUCUUCUCUACCAUCCCGAGUAUGCCAUCAGCGGCCACCUACAAAUCGAGCCCACCUUCCAAAUUUCCCAUAACCAACUCCGUAUUCCCGGCCAUACCCAGUCCUUCCAUCCCCUUUCUCCCAUUCAAGUCAUCCUUUCCCCACACCAUCCCCGUUCCAUCACUUUCACUCUCCCCUAA